UGCAGCUCGGAGCUUUAAAUUCCAUCACUCGUUUCCUGAGUGCUCCCACUCUCGCUUCAUCUUUUUCGUAACCCCUCACCUGCUUGUCUCUUGGAAUUUGUCCAAAGCUCUUGUUCGCACAGAGGGACUAAACCUAAACCCUAAAGAGCUCCUCCUGCCUUUCCUGCCUCCGCCAAGAGAAAAUUAUAGAUUUUGUGGAUUGAUGAGGAAACGGAGAUCCACCGGAUCCAAGAAACGCCGAUACAGAAAACAGUAACGCCAUUAUUAAUUUGGACUUCGAGGUAAAACGACCACCUUCCAUUAUUAUUUUUGUUUAUUAGGUUAGGAAAAAGAGGAGCACGGCCUCGCUCCCCAAUCCCAUUCACGUGGUACCAUUGGGCUCCAUCUUCAAUGGAUCUAGGGUUUUGGAAGGGUUAGUCGCGAGGAAAAAGAAAUGGGAUCAAAGUUACCGUAUUUGAUCUAUUUUGGUCUGUUUCUCUUAUUCCCAUGUUCUACUUUCUCCGGCGAUGUGGAUGCUCUGCUUUCGCUCAAAACUGCCCUUGAUGCGCACGACCGCCUUCCAUGGCGAAGGGAAUCCGGCGACGAGCUCUGCACUCGGUGGUUGGGAGUUAAGCAAUGCUCCCCUGACGGCAGAGUCAUAAAGCUUGUCCUCGAAUUCCUCAACCUAACCGGAACCCUAACGACAGAAUUACUAACCCCUCUCGACCAACUUCGCGUCCUCAGCUUCAAAUCCAACUCGCUUUUCGGCGAAAUUCCUAACCUUUCCGUUUUACCCAACCUCAAAUCGCUUUACCUCAAUAACAACCUCUUCUCCGGUCAAAUCCCUGUCUCCCUCGCCGCCAUCCACCGCCUCAAAACCAUUGUCCUGUCCAAUAACCGCCUCUCCGGCAACAUUCCCACCGCCAUUACAAAGCUUCCUCGACUCUACUGCCUUCAGCUACAAACCAACCGCCUUACGGGAACUAUCCCGGCACUUAAUCAACCCACUCUCCGUUUCCUCAACCUCUCAGGCAACUACUUGUCCGGCGAAAUACCGGUGACGCUCGCAUUUUCUCGCUUCAACGAAUCAUCUUUCCUCAACAACCCCGGCCUCUGUGGCGCACAAAUAGGGCGUCCCUGUUCUAAAAAUGAAAUCUUUUCGCCGUCCCCCACCACAAAGGCCCCGCUCUCUUCUUCCCACCAUCGAAACAGAAAGAGGCUUGCAGCGAUCAUUGCCGGUUCGGUCGCCGGUUUCUUGGUUCUUCUUAUAUGCUUGGGUUUGGUAGUCCUUAUGGCUUCCAUGAAAAAGAGGAAUGCUGGAAGAAGCAAAGCCGUUGAUGGAAACGGUGCCAUUGAUCCCGCCGCCGAUAUAGCAGCCCCCGCCACCGGCGGCGGCAUCGGUGGCGGAAAGGUCACAUUUUCAUGGGAGGGAGAGGGGUUAGGGAGGCUUGUCUUUGUAGGGGGAGUGAGUGGACUAUAUAGUUUGGAGGAUUUGCUCAAGGCUUCGGCGGAGACAUUGGGGAGGGGAACGGUGGGGAGCACUUAUAAGGCCGUGAUGGAGUCUGGCUUCAUUGUGACAGUGAAGAGGUUGACGGAAACGGCGAUUGCCCCGGCAGCUCCGGAGGAGUUCCGGCGACGGAUGGAGGACCUUGGGCGGCUGCGCCACCCGAAUCUCGUGGCUCUCCGGGCCUACUUUCAGGCAAAGGAGGAGCGGCUGCUUGUCUAUGAUUACUUUCCGAACGGGAGUUUGUUCUCUCUCAUACAUGGUUCACGGCCGAGCGGAUCAGGGAAGCCUCUUCACUGGACUUCUUGUCUUAAAAUUGCAGAGGAUGUGGCGACAGGUCUUCUUUAUCUCCACCAAUCUGGAGCCAUUCAUGGUAAUCUCAAGUCCUCAAAUGUUCUCCUCGGCCCGGAAUUUGAGUCUUGUCUCACAGACUUCUACCUGCUCCUCCAUUCCCCGGACUCCGACUUCUCCUCUUCUUCCUCCUCCUCUCUCUUCUACCGUGCUCCUGAAUGCCGCAACCCCCAUUGCUCCUCCUUCUCCCCGGCCUCCGACGUCUAUAGCUUUGGCGUCCUCCUCCUCGAGCUCCUCACCGGCAAAACUCCCUUCCAUGACCUCAUGGAUCAGCAUGACGCCGAAAUCCCUGCUUGGGUCCGUGCGGUCCGUGAUGAGGAGAAGGAAACUGGUGGGUCCGUAGACGACCCUUCGGCAUCGAGCGGUGGUGAUGCGGCGGCAGAGGAAAAGCUCGCCGCAUUGCUUGGGAUAGCGACUGCUUGUUUGGCAAGGGACCCGGAGGUGCGUCCGGCAACAAAGGAGGUGGCGAGGAUGAUACGGGAGGCAAGAGCAGAGGGGGCGGCAUCAGUGUCUUCGAAUAGCAGUGGUGGUGGUGGUGGAGGAGAGAAUAACGAGCACUCGCCAGGGCGGUGGUCGGAUACUGUGCAGAGUUUGCCGAGGGAGUAUGGUUCAGAGCAUCUCAGUUUUGCAGAGAGGAAUUGAUUCCAAUUUGGGAAGUUUACCGCUGGGAAUUUGAAUUUGAAAUGGGAGGAGAGCGUUGGCGGGAUUAAUAUUUAACGGUCAAAUUAAUUAAAAAUGUUGAAGUGGGCUUUUAUUUUCGUGAUUUGUAGAGUUUGAUGUAAAUCUUUUAUUGGAAUUUAGUCAUGGAAAUGUGAUCCUUUUGUUUGA